CAUCAACCCUGUUGAUUUGGAAUGUUGCUUGUGGAGGUAUACAUGUGACUGAAAUGCUACCUUAAUCUAUUGAUUGGUCGAUCUUACAUUGAUCAACUAUUGAUUGAUCAAUAUUAUAUACUGCUCAAUACUGAUCGGUCAUUGAUCAAUAUUUUUGAAGGUGCGGGCAAGACAACGACGUUUGGCAUGCUGACAGGAGACCUUAGCAUAACGGAAGGCACUGCUUACCUGGAUGGAUUCAACAUCCAAUCAAAUUUGAAGCAGGUUCUAUCUCAUUCUAGACAAUAGUUCACUCUCGCGUUUACGAUGAUCGCUGAUUUUUUCUUUUCAUAAGAGAUUACAAAAGUUUUAAAUUUUGUUUGGCCUACCACUUAGUAUUUUCUUUUUUUCAACAGGUUCAACAGAGAAUUGGUUACUGUCCUCAGGUAUGUAAUUUAUUCAAUUUUUAAAAUUAUCUUACGAAUUUUCAUCGACGCUUAUAUGGCACUAGUCUCCUUCGCAGCCCUUUGUUGUGUCGUCACGCAACGCUUCUCUCCACAGGGGUGUUGUGUGACGACUCAAAAAAAGGCUGCGAGAGGACUAAUAUAGCAUUUGCUACUGAAAGAAAUGGACAAUACAUUGCAGUUUGUUGCAUUUUCAUUUUGCUUUCUCUGCCAGGAACUAAAUAUAAUCUUGCUGAGCACUCUAUGCACGGAAAAUCUUUAAAACAUGUGGAGAAGCAUUUCAAGCCUGAAUGAAUUGAAUGAAGACAUUUCUAAUAAAAAUCGUAUCCAUGCAUAAGCUUAACUUUUCUCGUUUGUGUUUCUUUUUUAGUUCGACGCUCUAAUUGAACGUCUGACUGGACGGGAGAUGCUAACCAUGUAUGCUCGGUUGCGUGGAGUUCCAGACGAGAAGAUCAAAGGCAUUGUUUCAGACAUUGUUCAUCUUCUGCGUCUGGAGAAGUGGGCGGACUCUCUGUGCGGAAACUAUAGGUACACCUUUGGUCUCAGUUUUUUUCUUUUGUGUUAGGCCUCAAUUACGUGGAGAACAGUUUUUCCGGGAGGGAGCCCUCCUAGCCGAGUCAACUUCAAGUCAUUUUACACAGAUGAUUCGCAACGGCGAUUUUUAGCGCAACACAACGUUGCAACAUUGUUGCGACAUUGUUUGGAAUGGUUACAACAUUGCCCCAACAUUGCAACGCUGUGUUGCGCUGAAAAUCGUCGUUGCGAAUCGUCGCGUGUAACAUGACCUUUAAGCGAGCGUCAAGAAAAAAGGUGACCCCUUUGCUCAAGGCAACAAUGCUCGCGCAUACUCUGAUUGUCUCGCCUUGACCGCGUUGAUGCGGCUGGGCGACCUUAAGUGUUUAUAUCGAGAAAUGUUGGCCCGGCUAGGAGGGGGACCCAACCAUCGAGACAGGAUUACCCGCCAAGCUGGCUCACCCUUCUAGCCUAGCCAUCCCUUUUGUUUCUCGUGUGAACUGUUCGCCAGGCUUUGUAAGGAAAUGUAGGAAAAGUUGUGUUGCCAAGGGUAGCUCGAGUAGGCGAGUGACUCUUCAACCCGUGACACGCUUUUCUCCGUAUAAUCGAGGCUUCUUUUUUUCCUUUUGUUGUUAAAGGCUUUUCAGAGUGAGGUGCACUUAUCAUUUGUUUUUGUCUUGUUUUUUCAGCGGUGGCAACAGACGAAAGCUGAGUACAGCAAUUGCUUUGGUUGGAAAUCCACCAAUUAUAUUCCUGGUAAGCACCUUUGCACGGUAAAUUAAACUGUACAUCUUAAUGUGGUUCUUUUUUUUACUGUUCUGCCUUUGGAGGACAAAAGUGGUCCCUCGAGCCGGAUUAGAAUCCAUGAGCUGGCAGCUACGGAUAGCCAAAGCUUGAGUCCUUUAGGUCAGUCUAAAGAAAUGGAAAAACUAAAAAACCUCUGCCCGUUUAUCUCAGUGGGAUAAGCGCCGAUCUACCAAGCGGGAGGUCGCAAGUUCAAACCCCAGCCGGACCAUCAACCAGGGUCUUACAAAAAAAGACUAGGGAGAUCAUGCUGGCCUUAAUCUAAGACUUUAUCCCAGGUCAGAUGAUCGCUUCAUUGGGUGAUGACGUCAAUUGCACGUCACAGAACCCACAGUGCUGUUAAAAAAAGUAGGAGACCAGAGCUAGACCCCUGUGGUGUGGUCUGUCUGUUACGGGGGGAGGGGACUGUCACGUGCCCGCAGUAAUUUGCUUCACGCUGUUGUGGUUACCCUGCCAAGAAUUGUCGAAUCUAGUAAAAAGAGAAAAGAAUUUUGAGCAGGAGUCACGGAACAGAGUUUCAAGGCUUCCUGCCUGGACUCUGCUAAUGCCUGUCUGGAUCUUCAAAAAAAAGGAAAUUACCAUUUCAAAUUAUGUAUGCCUUUUGUUGGUCUUGCCCCAGUGCGACAUUUGCAUCCCAGCAUGGCGGUUUUGUACCACGUGAAUGGCAAGCUACAAAGGGCCUAUUUGAAACCACUAAGAUGCUUCAUUGUUUGUUUUGUAGGAUGAACCCACCACUGGUAUGGAUCCAGUUGCCCGACGCUUUCUCUGGGAUACAUUGACAGGUGUCUUGAAAGACGGACGCUCCAUCGUGCUGACGUCACACAGGUACACGCAUCAGGGACCUUAAGAUCCGAUGACGGCGAGGGCAACGAGAACGUUAAAAGAGCAGUAGGUUAAGAUUUGUUUCAGACGCCAACCUCCUCUUCCUAUUUGUUCAAAAAAUUAACUUCAAAGUAAUAGACUGAAAUAUCCUCGCUAUUUUAGCGGUUUUCGCCUGGCAUGGCCAAGAGCGCUUCUUUGCAGGCUAAGAAUGGAAUAAUUACGUACCAGUGAGGCUGAGGCUUUAGAGAAUUUUUGUUUUGUUUUGUUAGUUUAUUUUUUGUUAUGCAGAGACUCAAAUUUGUAGCCGAUGAUCUUAGCGGUUAAAAUGUUUACGUGGCUUUCUCUUUCAGCAUGGAAGAGUGCGAGGCUCUUUGUACAAGACUGGCGAUUAUGGUGAACGGACACUUCAAAUGUCUUGGCUCCACUCAGCAUCUUAAGAGCAGGUAAGGCAAGCUCGGGGCUUGAAAAAUUCUUGAACUCCAGCACGGCCUUUGGGCAAGCAGUUCUCACAUUUUUUUUCAUGCCCAGGGCAACUACGUGCUUAAAGGAUAACUUUCCUGGACACUUGUCCAUCAGGCAAGUGAGCUUUAAAAUUUACUUGUCCAGGAAGAAAAUCUACUUGUAUUGUAUUGUAUUGUAUUUUUACUCCAUCCUAUGGAUAAUACAUCAGUUGUACAAUAUGAAUUAGUACAAGGCUGUUUAAACUAUGUGUACAUAAUAGCAAGAAAAAAAUUUAGAAUUAUUACAUUAUAGUAAAACUAAUUAUGACCCUUUAAGAAGAUUGACUUUAUGCUGUUAUAGCUUUGUUGUUCGUAAAACACAAACACGCACGCACGCGCGCACACCCACACGCACACAAGUCAAUAUUGAGCAAGAUAAUAUUUUUUAAGUGCCUUUUUGAACAGGAUUUUCGAUGAUUUAUUGCGAACAGAAAAGGGGAGAUUGUUCCAAUAGUAUUUUCCAAUGACGGUAGUUCAAAACGUCUUGCUUCUUUCCUUUCUUUGACAUAUUCAAAUAAGACACUAACAGGAACUCUUACACGAAAAACUAAAUUAUUUAAACACACAAAUAAGGCAACAAAUAACACUAAACUAGCCAGCUUCAAAAGACGCGGCCAUCAUCAUCGCUGACCGCUGACUGCUGUAUCCCGGACCACCGGAAGAGACUUCUUUUUCGAGCCCUGCAAGCUCUGUACUGAGCCAUUCCGUUCCUUAGUACCGUUACCUCGAUGCACCAUGGUAGAAUGUUCUUACUACUGAUCGACAGAGCAAAUGAGUUUAAUUCGGUAUGUUGCAGGUUAAACACGUCCCAAACUCUUACGAUAUUUUUGCGUCAUGUUCAGUGAGCGUGAAUAGAAUGCCUUCGUCAUUAUACAAAGCUUUGUAACUACAUUGUAAGGAAUCUUUGGUAUAAAAUAAGCCUGUAGAUGGGGAGCGUUUGAUGUCUUAGUUUAUUCUUUCUCUCUUGUUCUUAAUUUCCCAUCGAGUUCAAACUCAGAUCGGCCGUUGCUCUUCUUGCUAAAAUCAUCCGUUAUUUUAUUCACCAGAUUUGGAAGAGGGUAUACAUUGAUGGUUAAGGUCGGUAGCCACCAACCUACGGUCUCGCUCACAGGCUCUGAAGGUAAAGUAAAAAUUAUACCUUUUUGGGAAACUGCCCACCUAUCCCUCCCCUUAGCCAACAUUUAACACUUACUUCUCACUUAGGGCAAAAGGUUGGCUUAGGGGAGGGGCAGGUGGGCAGUUUCCCAGAAAAGUAUAAUGAUCCCAGUAAAUGAAUUGGUUGAUAAUGUUAACGGAUUCAACGAAUUGAAAACUUCCUCAGUAUAGUAUCAAUGUGUAGAAACUUGUGGUUUCCCAAAGUAUUUUGUCCGCACGUUUCCCGUCAGGGUCGCCUCAAAUCGUAGGUUAAUACAUUGAACUUCAAAAUUAACUGUGGAAACAUGUAGUGUACGUAAUUCAGUGGUAACUAUUAACGGAGCCAAUGAAUGGAAAUCAAAGGCGCAGCCUUGAUCGUUAAGAACGUAUGAGAAAGAUUCCAAAAUAACUUGCGCUAGAAUUUCUGACAUAGAGUCAGCGCGUGGAAUUUUGUGUUUUAGAAUUUUCUAAAAAAAAAUAGUGUUGUUUUAAAAUCUAAUUUUAGGCGCUGUUGGGAGAAGAAGGGUGAAUAUAUCCUCUACAUGUCACAAUAUUUGCGACAAACAAUUGUUAUCUCCCCAUUUUGUUGGGAAAUUUAGUGUAGGUUUUUUUUGUCCUACAGCAUGCACUUGCUCCUCUUUUUUCACGUCAGGUUCUUUUAAAAAUGUCUUCGGUUUCUUGCUUCUAGUAAAUCGUGUUGAAGUUGUACCCGCCUUUCAAAGUCCCCAUGCUGUUCCUUCAGGCCAGCCUCAGGUCUUCGCCAAUCCAACGGCUCAAUUGGACAACCCUGAUUCCGCCGCGGCAAUAGAUGCUGUUAACAGAGUCAUGCAGUUUGUUUCCAGUGCCUUUGGCGGAGCAACUCUUAUGGACAGUCACAGUGUAAGUCGCGCAAGUCCCAGUCCCCUUCGAAGCCUUCAUUGUGUCCCUGGAGAAGUGUUGCGUGACGACACGGCUGUGUUGGAGACUACUCAAGUCCUGACUGAGCUCAAUUUUACUCUUAGGAAGCCAAACCUGUAUUAAGCGGACACUCUUGGGGAAUAACCAGUAGCCCGCUUAAUACGGUUCCCAGUGCCGAGAAAUACAGCUCUAAGUAAAAUAGGCAAUGGCGUAAUUUCGUUGCUAUAUCAGCUACGAUUUCAUUGCAACCCUGAUCAUAACAAAUUUUCAUCUUUAUCUGAUACAGCCGUGGUGGUAAUUUUUCAAAUCUUUGUUAAUGACGACGUAGUUUAUGCUCAAACUUGGGAGGUAUUGACUGUGAAAAACCCCAUUGAGCCACCUUAAUAGAGGUGGCCGCUUCAUACAGGUUUGACCGUUCUAUCAAUACUAUACUGAACCAAGCAACUGGGAAAAUCAUUAAGUUCACGCUCUUUAGUCAAAUUUUCAUUACAUGAAGUUCUACUUUUUAGAAUUGUAAUGGUUUGUGCAUUGUUUCUUUUAGGGAAUCUUGCAUUACCAGAUAGUUAAUGAAGCUCUGAGCUGGUCGUACAUCUUUGGUCAGCUUGAAAGAAACAGAAGUGCGUUGAACAUUGUGGAUUACAGCAUCAGCCAGACAACACUAGAACAGGUAAAGCUGUUAAGCUCAUUUUUGAGGAGCAAGAGUGGCGCAUUGGUGAGAGCACUUGCUUUCCACGUGCAAUGUGGCCCGGGGUUUCUGGGUACUCAAGUUUUUCCCUCUCCUCAAAAACCAAAACUACCAACUUCCAUUUCGAUCAGUUAUGGUAGACGAAGAACCACUAUGUGAAUGUGCUACCUUUGAAUCAUUGUGCAUCUUUUUAUGUAUUUGUCAGUCUUCUCAAUUUUCCAAAACUCAAUCUUGAGAAAACGCCUGAGUUUCUUUAGCUCCAGGAUUGUCUGGGUAAAUAGCGCGGGUACAAUGGCCAUCUAUGGCGACGCUGCGUUAAUUACCUAAAUAAAUAAGAUUAUAAUUGCGGGCGACAGGUUGCUACGCAUGCAUGACACGUCUGUAGCCAGCAUUCGUUUUAUCAGGUGAAACGUUCGCAAAGCACUAGCGUUGGAGCAAGGGCGUUUUGACCUUCGAUCAAACUCGCCCGCUCUCUCUAGCCUUUGGUUAUUACCAGUCAUAAAGAUUAUAAAAUACUGGGUCUGAGAGUUGGCACUGGUGAACAUCGUUUUUGAGCAUAUUAGAGACCCGGUCAGCGUCACAUUUGUGGGAUGUGGCCUUAUUAUUUCUCGGUUUUUCUUGGUAGGUUUUCAUCAACUUUGCCAAAGAGCAGCACUCAGAAGACCGCACUUCAGUCAAGCGAAAGUGCAUGUGUUUUCCUUGCUGUCGGUAA